AUGCUACUACUAGAGAAGAGCCUUGAGUGCAGCCUCUAUAAAGCCGGCCGUGUGGCUCUAGCCACCCUCGUCACUCUCCCCUUCUUCCCCACCAUUCAGCAGCACCAGCACAUGUCUCAUAGCAACAACAUUGCCGCCAGCAACAGCGGACGUUCUUCGUCCGCUGAAUCUUCUAAUGGAGGUUCUGGUACGACAUCGUCGUCUGAUAACUCUAAUAGCGCCACGAGCAAUGCACUCCGUGGACGGAUCAAUCCUCGGAACAACAGCCUUUCAACGGUCCCCGUCUCGUUCGGUGCUCUCAGCUCUUCCAGCUCCUCUUCGCAAGGGUCCAAUGGCGGCUUCACCCACUCCUCAAACAGCGCUUCGUCCCACCCAUCGUCCCCUCAAGGUAGUGUGCAUGCGGUGCCACCUGGCGUGCCGCAGAACCCUCAUGCGCAGGGUGCCCAUACGCAGGGCUUCUACGGCCAGAUGCAUAACGCCAACUUCGGGAAUCUCAGCCCGGCGAGUUCUUUCGGAACCACCUUGAGCUCGGUGCACUCGAAUGCUCAGAGCGGCAUGGCAUCGCAUGGCUCGCCGUCCAGCUCCCUGUGGCGGAACUUCUUCAAUGGCCCGCCUACGCAUAGUGGCCUCUCGAGUUCCCUUCCCAACCCGGCCUAUCCUAUCCGGCCAUUCCGGACCCGUUGA